CGCCCCCUCGGGUCGCCUGGCAACGGGAGGCGCUGACGGCGGGAUCGGGAUCGGACCGGGACUGGGACCGGGAUCGGACCCGGAUUGCAACCGAGUGCGCUGCUGGGGUGGAGGCCGCCUGGGGACGGCAUCCCCCGAGAGAAAAUCCAAGAAGGAAGAUUAUGUGACAGCAGCAGCACAGGGACCUCCAUUUUCUUCCAGUCUCACCUUGUGUAAGAGCUGCCGCGUCCUUGCUAGACCUCAAACCACCCAGGCCACUGGUGUUUAGCUGAAUCCAUGGCAACAGGGAAUCCAGCUGCAUUCCAGGCAUCCUCAUGAAGCAAAGAACCUUGCUGAAGGGCAUGGCAGCUCCAAGGAAGGUAGGGAUCCCAUUAAGUGUCAUGAAGGUGUUAGAUCCACGCCAGCUAAAGCCUGAUAGCACGGAGACAGAAAGAAUCCUAACUGUCUUGGAUGAGACCAUUGUCAAGCUGGAGAUCACCAGGUUGAUCCCACGGAUUAUUGGCUCCCUGGACAGGUAUGCUAGGAUGCUGGGACCUGAGAUCACAAGCGGCCUUUUGGAGCAUCAGAAGCUUUCAAUGGAAAUACAGCACCUGCUCACCAGCCCUGGAGAUGCGAAGAGCAUGAGGGCUGCAGUGCAACGCAUGAAAUGUUCCCUGAGAAACAUCCUGAGGCUCUUCCUGGCCAACCCCUUGCUUUACCAUGGGCUGAAAUAUGAAGUUUGGGUGAGAGAGUCACCAGCUGAUGUGUUUAUCAAAGCCUUCAUGGAGUUCCGGGAUUUCAUGCUUGAGAGGCUCCUGACCACUCCUGAUGAGGAGAAGGAAAUGAUUGAAUUCAUGAAUGAAAUUUCCCUCCAGGUUGAGAAAAACACAGAAAUUAUCUCAGCUCUACAGGGAGAGCUGGCAGGAGUCAUCCAGACUCGAGAUGAAGAGGUUAGCAGGAAGGACAAAACAAUUGAAAAGCUCAAAACUAGCAUGGAAGAUCUGGCCAAGAACUGCAAGGCUGACAUCCGGCUGAUCAUGGAGGAAGGGGAAAAGCAGCAAAAAGAAGAUAAGGAAGCUUCCCAGGAGAGGUGUGCCAGGCUGAAGCAGGACAUUCAGCACCUGGGAACACAGUUCAGUGCACUGGUGCUGGAGCAUCGAGCCUCAGAGCUGGUUCUCAGGAAGUUCUCUUUUGCUUCAGUUUCAAGCUGGUUGCCACAGUUUGUUGAUGACUUGCCACAUUCCAUCAGACAUGUUCAUUUCCUCCUGCAGAAAGCAGCUUCAGGUGCUGUUCAUCCCCCACCUCCAUGCUGUAAACCAAAUAAAGCCCUUUGGGAAUGUCCCAGGAGAAUCCUUAAACCAGGGCACACCACAUAUGUGUCAGCUGAGGGAAGCUUGUCACGUGGAGGAGGUGAAAUAUUCAGAUAUAAUGAUGCUGUGGCUCAAAGUUUCCCUGUUUUCUCACUCAGGACACUUCUUACCAGGCCUCAGAUGUCUGCAAGGAUCUGAUCUUGUUUUGUGUUUCAGGAAAAGUGCAAAGCAGAGAAGGAAAUUCAGGAAUGGGUCCAGAAAUAUGACAGAGACAUGACAGAAAAACAG